GAAAGACAUGGAAAGACAGAGGAGCUGCGUGCUAUUGGUGACGGCGGGCGGGGGGUGGAUUGUUACAGUGACGAUUAUUCCUUCCGGUGUGUGGAGAUCGUGCUCGUGUUGACAUAACAGACAGAGCGAGAGGGAGAGGGAGUCCUCAGUGCAGCGUGAGCAGAUUGGCAGCUCUGCUCUGCGGUUCCGGGCUGAAACUGAAGGAGCAGCAGCAGCAGCGGCAGCAGCGGCGGCGGCGGACAGGCCUCGGUAGCACCAGAGCAGCUUUGACACACACCCCUCCCCCCCUCACCCAUGGGAAGCUGCAGAUUCUGGUGGUCAUGUCUUUUCUGAGCAGCAUGUGACUUGGAUUGGGUGUGACUGGUGUGAGUGUGUCCAGAGGCUGUGGUGCCCCAACCCAUCAGGAUCAUCAGACUGUGCUGCUCUCCACUUGAACCCAUGGGAAUCGGCAAGAACACCACAUCCAAGAGCACAAUGGAGUCAGGUGGCUCUUCUGAGAACAAGUAUGAGGAUGAGAAGCACUCGACUGCCUUCUUCCCAAUCCCGGUGGUGAUGAACGGAGCUGCUCCAGCCAACGGUGAGCAGGACACAGAGAUCACGGAGCUGAUGGCUGUUUACACAAAGCAGAGCAGCGUGGCAGACAAGUCCUCUUUAUCUGAAGUCUCCGAGACGAGUGGCACCACUGACCCCCAGAGAAUGGACAUGAUCUACACCAUUGAGGAUGUUCCGCCCUGGUAUCUCUGUAUAUUCUUGGGCUUACAGCACUAUCUGACCUGUUUCAGUGGCACCAUCGCUGUACCAUUCCUGCUGGUGGAUGCCAUGUGUGUUGGCUUUGAUCAAUGGGCUACUAGCCAGCUGAUUGGCACCAUCUUCUUCUGCGUGGGACUGACCACACUACUUCAGAGCACGUUGGGAUGCAGGUUACCCUUGUUUCAGGCCAGUGCCUUUGCGUUCUUAGCUCCUGCCCGAGCAAUCCUGUCCCUGGAGAAAUGGAAAUGUAAUAACACAGAUGUAUCCUUUACAAAUAGUUCAGAAAUGAUGGACACGUCACAUAUUUGGCACCCCAGGAUCCGAGAGAUCCAGGGGGCUAUAAUAAUGUCUUCAGUCAUCGAGGUUCUGAUUGGUUUCCUGGGUCUACCUGGAGUUCUGCUCACCUACAUUGGCCCACUUACCAUCACCCCAACAGUGGCUCUGAUUGGUCUGUCCGGUUACCAGGCAGCAGGUGAACGAGCUGGAAAGCACUGGGGAAUUGCAAUGCUGACCAUAUUUUUGGUGCUCUUUUUCUCUCAGUACGCACGCAAUGUGAAACUUCCUCUUCCAGUUUAUAAAUACAAAAAGGGAUGGACAGCAUACAAGUUACAGCUCUUCAAAAUGUUCCCGAUUAUAUUGGCCAUCUUGGUUUCGUGGCUUCUGUGCUUCAUUUUCACAGUGACUGAUGUCUUCCCGCCUGACAGUGAGCAGUAUGGAUACUAUGCUCGCACUGAUGCUCGGAAAGGUGUCCUCUCUGUGGCUCCGUGGUUCAAAGUUCCUUACCCCUGUCAGUGGGGUUUACCGACAGUCUCUGCAGCCGGUGUGAUUGGUAUGCUCAGUGCAGUUGUUGCCAGUAUUAUUGAGUCCAUUGGUGAUUACUAUGCCUGUGCCAGGUUGUCUUGUGCCCCACCACCACCAGUUCAUGCAAUCAACAGGGGCAUCAUGAUUGAAGGCUUGUCCUGUGUUCUGGAUGGAUUGUUUGGAACAGGGAAUGGCUCGACUUCCUCCAGCCCUAACAUUGGAGUAUUGGGGAUCACCAAGGUAGGAAGCAGGAGGGUGAUCCAGUAUGGAGCUGCCAUGAUGCUUCUUUUGGGAAUGAUUGGAAAAUUCAGUGCUCUCUUUGCAUCCCUCCCAGACCCAGUCCUCGGAGCACUGUUUUGCACUUUAUUUGGGAUGAUUACAGCUGUUGGAUUGUCCAACCUUCAGUUUGUUGACCUCAAUUCAUCUCGGAACCUAUUUGUCCUGGGAUUUUCCAUCUUCUUUGGUCUAAUGCUGCCCAGUUACCUGAAACAGAACCCGCUUGUAACAGGUAUUUCUGAAGUUGACCAAGUCCUGAAUGUUCUCCUGACGACAGCAAUGUUUGUAGGAGGUUGUGUUGCUUUUCUGCUGGACAACACCAUCCCAGGAACCAUUGAAGAGAGGGGUCUUCGCAAGUGGAAGGCUGGAGUUACAGGGGCCAAAUCUUUGGACAGCAAAGAGACUUACAACUUGCCAUUUGGCAUGAAAUAUUUGAAAAAAUACAAACUGUUCAGCUAUCUGCCUAUCAGCCCAACUUUCACAGGAUACGCUUGGGGCAGGUACCAGGAGCAGAGCAGCAUGCGACGAAGAGCUGAGGAUGCAGAGGCCUCAGUAUAGCAUGUAGCCAGCCAUCUUGUCCUCUCUCUAGUUGUAGGAUUUCAUUCCACUGUUCAGUUUGUGGCCUGAACAAUGGGGGAGUGGGGGUGGUGGUGGGGCGAUUCUGUAUUCUAACACUUCCCCCCCACCCCAAAAAAAAAAUAACAAGAAAAAGCAAAGUAUUUUCAUGUUCAGGCUGGGACUGGAGCCGAGUCUGCAUCUUUUGUCCAUUUGAAGCCCUUUGCGGGUGCCCUGUGUUACAGCACCUCAUCGCUCACCAUUCUCAAUAUUGCCAGAACAGUGCCGGAUGGCCUCGUUUCACUCCCCUCCCCCCACCCACUCCAAAUCUGGACGUGAUGCUAACCUACCACACCCCUUUCUAUUUCAGUGGAGCAUGGGAGAAUGGCGGGGCUGGCUGAUGCAGAGUAGGCAUGUAAAAUCAUGUGUGUGCGUGUUCGUUCCCCUGGGGAUAUCAGCAAAAAUGCCCUGGGUGAGCUAAGACCAUUCAGUCCCUUGUGCCUGCCUGCCUGACUGACUGAUGCUUCAGCUCAUCCAGCCCAACUCCAUCCCCGCCAAUUCAUUCCAAACGUUUCAGAUCCUUGAAUUGAAGACUGGCUCUCCCAGGAUCUGUCUUUUACUCCACUGUGCGCUCAUUCCGGUGUUUGGUUCUAUUUGGCCUGAAUUGCUCCUUGUCCAUUUGUAAAGCCAUGUAAUAUUUGAUAUAUACCUCUGUGAGGUCCUUGUUUAAACUUUCUUAUACAUUGUAGCACUUCAGCCAGCCUCCUGUCUGCUUGUUGCUCAGCUACUUAUUGCUACUGUCUGCAGACCUUAGAAAACGCACUGUGGUGGAUUGCACAAUGUGAAAUCCAGACUGAUGGUAGAGGUACAGCCGGGAACCUUGUCUGCCUGCUGCUCACUGUGCUCAUUCUCACUCUUGUCUCCCUCUCUGCCUUGUAUCAUUCGUUCGCUUCCCCCCUCUUCCCUUGUAAGCCUUUGCUUUGCCAUUUGAUCUCCUUGCUAGCUCAACAGGAACAGAGCUGAAUCCUGAAGGAAAAGCUUGCCUUGCCCCCCUGCCCUCCCCCCAUUGGUCUGCAGCCACUGCUUUCCCAAAUCGGGCUGAUUGGCAGAUGUGACGAGCUGACAACUCUGUUGCUGACCUUUGUGGAUUGAGAAGUUCAGCAUGGAUAGGGGAGGUGCAGAUAGAGACACACACACACAGACCAAGAGAGUGACACACACACAGACAGACCAAGAGAGUGACACACACACACGCAGACCGAGAGAGAGAGUGACACACACACACACAGGCAGACAGAGAGAGAG